AUGGAGGGUGCAGGGGAGGCAACACCAGAGAUGAAUGGACAGUGGGAAGAGGAGAGAAAACAGAGAGGAACAGAGGGUGGAAGGGAUAGUGGGACCUGUAAAUUGCUUAUAAUAAGUGAAAAAAAGCUUGCUACUGUAUACUCAAUAGACAGCUACUGUAACUCAGCUCAUUUUGCAGGUUGUACUACACCCUCUUCUCGUCUCAUCACUUCACCUGGUGUUGACACUUCACCUGGUGCUGGUCUCACCAGUUCAUCCAGUGCUGGUCUCAUUAAUUCACCCGGUGUUGGUAUCACCAAUUCACUGGGUGUUGGUCUUGAUACUUCACCUAAAGAUCCUUCAUACACAUAUCCAGACACAUCACCUUGGUGUACAUUGACCCCAUGGAUUGAUGUAAGCUAUCCAGAAUUUGGCGAAACUGGUGGUGACAAUGAAACUUUUGAUAACAUCAGAAGCCUAGGCAUUUCCAUUUGUAAUAAUACUAUGACUAUUGCGGGUGUUGAUUGCAGAGCAACAGAUUUUCCAAGUUAUUCAUUGGCAGAAGUUGGUCAAACAUUAACAUGCAACAAAGACAUAGGUUUGAUUUGCCUAAACAGUGAAAAUUUUCCGAAAUGCAACAACUAUGAAAUCCAAAUUCAAUGCUGCAGCAGUACUAAACCCAUAGACAUAGCAACAGAAACACCUACAGAGACAUCAGAGAUACCUAUAAAAACAAAAUUAACUCCUAUUGAAACAACAGAAACAUUUUUGGAAACAACAGAAACAUCUAUUGAAACAACUACAUGUUCAAUGACUACAACAACAACUACAAGCAGUCCAACAACAACCUCAACCACAACCCAUCCAACAACUACAACAACAAGUCUUCCUACAACAACAACCACA